AUGAAUCUAAAUCUAAUCAUCGAUAUUUUGUUGCUCGCUUCAAGUGCAAGUCUUCAGACGAUAAAAUGUCCUGACGGAAGUAUAGUAGACAAUUGGUGCUCUGAUCUUCAAGAAUGCCCGAAUGGAGAGUUUUGCUAUCGAGAUAUUCCAAAACGCAUAAGCAAUAAUGAGACAAAAUUCGGAUGUUGCAAAGCUAGCUGCACUGAAACUUCAAUGCCAUUCGGAAAGGAUUAUGAAGAGGCUACGGAGUCGAUAAUAGCUUUUUGUACUGAAAAGUCAAACAUUUCAUAUCCUCAACGUGCUUUUUCAAGCAAAAACCUCCUCUGUUGCCCCAAACCGUUCAGUGAUUUCUUAUUUGGAAGAGAGUCUGGAGCAUUGAUGGAGGACAAGUACUCACUACCAAUAGGAUGGGAUCUAUAUCAAACAAGCGACAACGCGAGUCUCCUCAAAUCAUGUUGUACAAGCGAAUGUUCUGCAAAUGAGUACUGUGGGAAAAUCCGGAACCCGGUGAAUUUGAAGUUGGUUUGAAAAGGAAUGCAAUGGACGAGCAGAUCAAUUUAAUGGAGUUCAGAGAAUGUGCUUUCUGCACCCAUUCGCCAAUCGCGACGGGUUCAAGCCCUUGUAUCUGCAAUUUCAAGACAAUUAUGAUCUGGAAGUCGGCCAGUUGUGUCGAACCCAACGGGAUUGUUUCAAUACUGCAACAUUUUGUCAGGCACCUCUUCAGUAUGGAAAUAUGACCCUUGGAGUGUGCACACCGAUUGUUGGCUCCUUGAUUCGCUCCGCUGGUGCCCGGGAAGCUUUCUUUGUUGAGAAUUCCCAAGGUGGAUGUACCAGCGAUGAACAGUGUGAUGAGCUUGGGAUGAAGUGGUUCUCCUAUCAAUGCGAACCAAUUGAUGCAUCGGCUGCUAUUGAAUUCAAUAUCUCAAAGAGCGAAAACAUCUGCGUUGGGUACGAAAUUCUAUGCUCCGAGACGGCUCUUUAUCAACGUGGCAAGCAUUUUGGAUGUAAAAGUGAUAAGGACUGCGUUGCUUUGCAUUGGAAAAUAACAUUCUACGAGUUUAUGCCGAAUCUCCAUGGUACUAUAAUCUUACAUGCUCGGAUACUUCGGAUAUUCCUUCCAAUUUGACAAUGGUUUAUUGCGAUCCAAAAUUGAAUACCGUUUUGGGAAUGACAAGAAGCGAUCGGUGGUCGACGCCGAUUCAAGCGUCCCGGGUGUACAGUACCAGUAAUAGUGACUGCAUGGAGAUCUCCUCGAGUUUGGUUUGCGUUCGAGAAUUUCGCGGAAUUCAACGAUGCCACACAUAUUAUGAUCGUGAUCUGGAAUACUGGCUCUUUUUAUUCCCGACUGGUCUCUUAGGAUUCACCUCUCUAAUACUUGUCUUCUGCUGGAGAAGAGAUUUGAAAAAGGAGGCAAAGAUUGUGGCGGAAAAUAUUCGAUAAUUUAUAGUUUCAUUGUUUUAGAAAAGAAAAUAAAUAAUGGCUUACACAA